CCGGCGGUCCCCGCGCGCCGCGCCCCGCCGCGCUGCCCCGCAGCCUGUCCCGCCUGCGCGAGUGCCCGGGCCGCUCCCGCAUCGUGCUGGCGCUCGGGGCCACGCAGAUGGCGCUCGGAUGCCUCAUCGUGGCCGUCAGCUUCGCGGCGCUGGCGCUCACCACCUCGGCCCGCGUCCGCCACUCCUGCCCCUUCUGGGCCGGCUUCUCGGUGCUGCUCUCAGGACUCAUUGGCGUUGUCUCCUGGAAGAGGCCACUGUCACUUGUGGUGGCUCUUCAGAUGUUCAUUCUACGGGAUCAGAUAACCUUUUUCAUGCUGCUCUCUGCAGUGUGUGUAAUGCUGAAUUUGGCUGGUUCAAUUCUCUCCUGUCAGAAUGCUCAGCUAGUCAACUCCCUAGAAGGCUGUCAGUUGAUUAAGUUUGACAGUGUCGAGGUGUGUGUCUGCUGUGAAAGGCAGCACCAGUCGUCGGGCUGCAGCAACCUUGGGGAGACGCUGAAGCUGAAUCCACUGCAGGAGGACUGCAACGCCGUGAGGCUGACGUUGAAGGAUCUCCUCUUCAGCGUGUGCGCCCUCAAUGUCCUCUCCACCAUCGUGUGCGCGUUGGCCACAGCCAUGUGCUGCAUGCAGAUGGUCUCUUCCGAUGUCCUGCAGAUGUUCCUUCCGCAAAGGGCGCAUUCCGCCAGCCCGGCCUGCGUGACCCCCCAUGGCACCGUGCUCCACCAGACCCUGGAUUUCGAUGAGUUCAUCCCCCCGCUCCCACCUCCGCCCUAUUACCCGCCAGAGUACACCUGCACGCCCACCGCUGAGGCCCACAGGGGCCUCCACUUGGACUUUGCUCCCUCUCCAUUCAGCACUUUGUAUGAUGUUGCCAUCAACAGCCCCGGCCUGCUCUAUCCUGCCGAGCUCCCCCCGCCCUACGAGGCCGUGGUGGGCCCGACCACCGCCAGCCAGCUUCUGAGUGUAGAUCAACAGGCGACCGAGUCCAGCCCUGGGGACCCAGAUGCCAUGGCUGGCUGCAGCACACAAGAGCCUGUGGAUAGCUCGAGCCUCCUGGCAUCCGAGGGUGCCACUGCACCCGGCCUAAGCCCUGAAGACCCCAUGGGUGCCUCGCAGCCCCUGCCACCCAGCCUUGAGCCCCCAGAGGGCUCUGACCAGGGCAUGCGGGUGGUGCCAGGUCCUGGGCAUGUGGCCCGCUCCACCAGCGACCCCACUUCAUGCUCAUCCAGUGUGGCAGGCAAGGCCUCUUCACACACCCCCUCCUGCAGUCGGGACCUCGAAGCAGGACCAUCCAGGGCUGCUCUGGGGACUGUUUCGCGAUCACACUCCAUCACGGCGGCCUGUGCAUGUCAGCACCUGCGCUCGCCCCCUGGGCCCCUGGACACCUGGAGAACGGACCAACGGGCAAAGCCAGAGGCCUUACACACCGUCUUCAAAGAGCGGCCACACUCGUUAGUGCACAGCAAGGCCCACACAGACCCCCGGGGUUUGGUGGUGAAGUUCUUGGAACACUCGAACUGUGCGCUGCCUCCUGAGGUGCGGCACGUGGUGGGGACAUUCCGCCCAACGGUUGCCCCUGAUGAGUCCCACACAGAGGAGGCCGUCCUCAGCGCCACUGUGCUGGACCAGGUGUGAGCAGGCCACAGGGCCCGACGGGGACAUGGACAGGCCCGGGCCAGAGUGUCCCUGCUGGCGGGCCUGCUGCCCAGGAGUGUCCUGGGUGGCCUGGGUGGGGAACCCCUGUCUUUCUCUGGAGGAGGAUCUGGUCCCUUGUUUUCUUGGGGAUGACACUUCCUACCUAUCCCGGUAAUACAGAAAAAUGACUCUCAAUUGCCAUCGUCAGUUCCUUGGUUUUUUCAGGCACAUCACACCCCACCAGUGUUACGGGAACACAGUGACAGGUGACAGUGGAACUAGAGACAGUGAAGUAGCUUCAAAACCUGGGCCAGCCAGAAGCAAGAUUCUCUCUCCCCCCACCUCUGAGUGAGUUGAGUGUUCCGUGGCUAGAGGAGGGUAUCCAGUAAUGAGACCAUUUUCUUAUAUGGUUUGUGUCACGCAGUAAUCUACCUUUUAUCGUCUGCUGAGUGGAAAGAAAAUGGGUAAUUCUAGCACGGAUGGCAGCCUGGGCCCAGCUCCCUGCCUGCAGGGUGCAGGGCUAUUGUGCUUACAAAUCACAACAGGGGACCUCGCUGUGGCUGUGGCCGCUCUGCUUCCUGGAAGCAAGCUGGUGUGGCAGGGAGCUUUGCUUGACACCCCCACCCCCAUCUGCCCCCAUCACCCAGGCUCCUGGGCCUCCCGUCACCCCCCUUCCUCCAUGGGGUGCCCUUCACACUGUGUCUCCAGCUCUUUCCCUGUCUACCGUCUCCUACUCUGCAGACACCUUUGGCGAGCCCCCGUGGGGCUUCUCGCUGUCUGCUGUCCCCAAGAUGGCCUGGAGGGGGUGGGGGUCUGGGGGAAGAGGCCUGUAUCCCAGGAUCUGUGCACCUCCCCACAGAGCAUGACCCCAGAGCAUUCCCUUCCCAGCCAGGCAGCAGCCACAUCUGCAUUGGAGGAUGCAGGUUGUAAAUCGUUUCUUUCCAUCCAAAACCCCCUGAAUUGGCUACUUGGAAGCAGGCCAGCCCAACCUCUCUGUGGGGGCAGCUUGGGCAUUUUGACUUUCUUGGUACUUCUCCCCACCCCCACCCCCCAUGUUCUGGCAACCUUAACAGUAGCCACUUCCCCACAACGGCCCUGGAGCAGCACUGUUCUCAAGAACCUUCUGCAGCGAUGGGAAUGCCUGUCCCUGUGCCAUCCACAGCAGUGGUCACCAGCAUCUGCACUGCAGCCCUGCAUCGAACAAGGAACUCAUGCUUCUCAACCCAGAGCCCAAGGGUUGAGAAAGCCCAAGGCCUGGCACGAAGAGUGCAGGGGGAGGACCCGAUGGUUACCCACUGUUGCUCACUGUCCAACAGUCUAGGUUCUGUGUACUGUCCUCCCCUCUGCUCUGCGCCCCACUGUAGCCAAACUGCUGGGUGGAAGCUGGGAAGGGGGUGGCAGGGAGAGUCUGCAGUCCAGACGCCAGGAGCCCCCCUGGGAACGGAAGUUCAAGAAGCCUGCGGUGACGGUCAGCUUGGAGCACUUUGCUUCAGUCAUGUUCAUUGUUCACUGCCUCCUUUGCCUCUGGAAGAGGUGAGAGAGCUGGAAAAAUUCCCAUCAGACCUUUGGAUGCCAACCAGAACUUUUCCACUGGAGAAUCCCAGAGAUGAGGACUUUAGCCAGACUAUCAAAUGGGAAAUCCCUAAUUUCUCUCAGCUGAGGGCUGCUGAAGUACCCCCCAAAGCAAAUCCCUUCCAGGUACGUUUAACCAAUGGUUUUUCCAAGUGGCCUCCCCUGAGCCCAUCUGCAAGGCAUUCAUGGUCUCUGAAUCCAGGCAUUCUCAGUGUCGCUGGGGUGGGAAGUGGAGUUUAGCGAGCUGCAGGAAUGUUCGUCUGCACAUGCUGGGGCCCCACUUUCAGGCUUGGGGCCCACACAAGCAGUGGCCCUGGGCCGAGUCCCGGGGCUAAGCCUGCGCUCUCCGACCUGGCUUCAAGUUGACUGAGGCAGCCCCUUGCCCUCCCUCACACCUGUGGGGUGGAGCUCAGGCAUCAGUAUUUUUACUGUGCACCAGGGGGCGGCCGCCAGGAGCUGCCCUGGUGCUCUGUGCCCUUUGCUUCUCCUCCCUGCAGCGGGACAGUGUGUUUUCUGCCAUCCGGGGCUCCUGCUGCCACCUGGGCCUCCACUCAUGUACAAACGGGUGAUCCAGCCAAAGCCCAGAGUCCCAGAUGUUCUCAAGGGCUCUGCCCUUCACACACCCUUCCACGCUCAGUUGUGCUUUUGCUCUCAGCAACUCUGUCUUGCAGUAGAGGAGCGUGUACUCAAUUUUAUACCACUGAGCUAGAACCUUCUGCCCAUCUCCUACGGGCCCCAGGUGGCCCAUGUGGGCUCUAGCAGGGCCCAGAUCCUGGCUUUCUUGAAAGGUUCCAGAUGAGAGAAGUGACAGAGCCACUAGGAACAAGCCAGGGAGCGGACCUGCCAGUUCUAGUACCCGAGACCCUGCUCUGCUCAGUGGCAUCUGGGAGCCAGGAGCCCCAGCAGCGGGCACCCCCAGCCCUGACCAUGUGGGCGCGUGGCGGAGCGCGGUGGGGAAGCUGGUUUCCUCCUUGUGCUGGUACACCCUCUCCCACCUCUCCUCUCUGUAGAACAUCAGCAGAGCCCGACACCCUGUGCCAGUAAGCUAAAAUGUGGGACCCCUACCUGCAGGGACCUCCCCCACCACCUGCACAGGCCUGGGUCCUGAGUGCUCUCCUGGCCUUUUCCCCACAACCCAAAUGGGGUCGGUUGGUGUGUGUGUGUGUGUGUGUGUGUGUGUGUGUGUGCAGAGCCUGUCCAUACACUGCCAUUUGCCUGGGGGCCAGAAGAAGGUUGUGGUGGGUGAGCUCCAGACCCCACCUCUCUGGCAAACAAGGGGGGGACUCAUCUGUCACAAGGACCUAAGGUCUUCUUCAGCUGGUGACAACAAUGCAAAUUAAAUGCUUGUAACAAACCAUGUAACAGAAAGCUUAUUUCAAAUGGAUGUUUCCUGCUCCCCUCCCCCCUGCUCCCAGCUGUACUGAUUCACAGAUGCUGCUAUUAGGCAGAAUUUAUAGGCAAUUGUUUUCAAGCCACAGGAGACCUGUUUGUACAACUUGAAGGUUGUAUUUAUUUAAUGUACCUCAAGGUGUUUUCAUAAUGAUCAGUGUUUUAAUAAAAACUAUUUCUGGCC